AUGGACCGGUUAAGCAGAAUGCUCGCCGCCGCUCAAGGCAUGGGUGGCAUGGGAGGGCCGCAGGCGGACACCAACCUCAUCGACAACUCGGAAACUGUUUACAUCUCUUCGCUCGCACUACUCAAGAUGUUGCGACACGGCCGGGCCGGUGUGCCUAUGGAAGUCAUGGGACUGAUGUUGGGAGAGUUCGUCGACGACUACACAGUACGGGUGGUGGACGUGUUUGCCAUGCCGCAGUCCGGAACUGGUGUCUCCGUCGAAGCUGUAGAUCCCGUCUUCCAAACUAAGAUGAUGGACAUGCUUCGUCAAACAGGAAGGCAAGAAACCGUUGUCGGCUGGUACCACUCACAUCCCGGUUUUGGCUGCUGGUUAUCGUCAGUCGAUAUCAACACACAGCAAUCGUUCGAGCAGCUUACACCCCGUGCCGUCGCCGUCGUAGUCGACCCCAUCCAGUCCGUCAAGGGCAAAGUUGUCAUCGAUGCCUUCCGCUUAAUCAACCCGCAAACGCUCAUGAUGGGUCACGAGCCCCGCCAAACCACAUCCAACGUUGGUCACCUCAACAAGCCUUCGAUCCAAGCACUCAUCCAUGGUCUGAAUCGUCACUACUAUUCGAUUGGUAUCAACUACCGAAAGACCGCAUUGGAGGAGAACAUGUUGAUGAACCUGCACAAGCACGUGUGGACAGAGGCACUGCUCAUGGAUGAUUUCAAGAGCGAGGGUGAGCGGAACGUGGAUAGGCUGCAGAAGCUGGUCACAUUGGCGGACGGUUACGAGAAGCGAGUUAAAGAAGAGACGGAAUUGACAAAGGAGCAACUGAAAACACGAUAUGUCGGAAAGGUGGAUCCAAAGAAGCACAUCUCGGACGUUGGCCAGCAAUUGAUCGAAGACAACAUUGUGUCUGUCUCACGGCAAAUGAUUGACAAGGAAGCCUCAGUACCCAAGCCAAAUGCGCGACAAAGCGGUCAUGCCAGUGGUGGUGAUGACGUGGAGAUGGAAGAAUAAAUGUGGGGUCGCUCGCGCCGAGUGCGAAGCAUGUCUGGCACUGAACAAUAUGCUGUUUCAUUUGUCAGUCCAUGUAUAUCCUGGCUUGGGGACUGGUGGGGUCGUGUACCCUGACAGGCAACGCGAGUCAGACUAUACGUAAUCACAUAGCUGAGAGACGGAUACGAACGCCGUAAUGCAUAGAGUAUGAGACAAUGAUACUACUACACACGUGUCCCUUUAUCGCCACCUGCUAGGGUAUUGAUGACCAAGGCACACAGGGAAGUUCCUUGCAAACAUACGUCCACAUGUACAUUCACGAUUGGGACGUAUAAUCAAAUAGACACGGUCUAGAGGUCAUUUCUGUAUUUUUUUUGUAUUGAUUUCCCCAUUUGCAACGC